CUACGACCAGCUACGACUCUACGAAAGCUGUUUUGCUCAAUUUCUUGCUCACAUUCUUUUUCACAUUCUGCUCCGUCUGUUUAGAGUCGUUGUCACGCUACGUUGUGCCGGUAUAAAAGUUAUCAGUGCUUUUCCCCAUCCAGCUUAAAAAUGGGUGACGCAUAUGGUGGUGGCGGCGGAUAUGACUAUUCUCAACCUCCUCCCACGGGCUAUCCCAGUUAUGGGCAGCAACAAGGGGGAUAUGGCCAGCAAGGAGGCGGCUACGGUCAAGAUCAAUCUCAAGGAGGUUGGGGCCAACAAGGCGGAGGUGGUGGUAGAGGUGGACCUCCAGGGGGCGGAUAUGGAGGCGGCCAACAAGGUGGCUACGGUGGUGGCGGCGGAGGAGGCGGUGGUGGCGGUUAUGGUGGACAAAGCGGUGGAGGAUAUGGAGGCGGUGGCGGCGGUUUUGGAGGUGGUAGAGACCGUGGAAGUUCUGGAGGAGGAAUGGAUCGUGGCUUUGGAGGUGGCCAGCGUGGCGGUUAUGGCAAAGGUGAUGGAAAUCUCGUUAUUCAACAUGACACAGUAUUUGUUUCUGGAAUGGACCCUAGUUUUACUGAGGACGAUAUCGCUGAUCAUUUCGGAUCUAUUGGCAUCGUUAAGAUGGACAGGCGCACAAACAAGAAGAAAGUUUGGCUGUACAAAGACAAGAACACUGGUCUUUCAAAAGGCGAAGCCACAGUAACUUAUGACGACGCCGACGCGGCUCAAAGUGCCAUCAAAUGGUUUGAUGGUAAAGAUUUUAGAGGCUCAGUCAUUAAGGUCCAGUUAGCCACGAAAAGAGAUAACUGGAGUGGCGGAUUAGGGGGACGUGGAGGCGGUGGUGGUGGCCGAGGAGGUGGCGGAUUUGGUGGAGGCCGAGGAGGUGGCGGCGGUGGUGGAGGAUUUGGAGGAGGACGUGGAGGCGACAGAGGUAGGGGUAGAGGUGGCGGCGGCGGAGGUGGUCGUGAUCGUGAAUCAAGAGACGGAGACUGGAAAUGCAGUAAUCCUGAAUGUGCAAAUACUAACUUUGCCUGGAGAAACGAGUGCAAUAGAUGUGGGGAACAGAAACCCGCUGGUGGUGGUGGUGGCGGUGAUGACCGACGUGGAGGUGGAAGUAGAGACCGAGACGGAGGUCGCAGAGGAGGUGGUGGUGGCGGCGGCGGAUUCCGUGGAAGUGACCGAGGAUUUGGCGGAGGUCGCGGCGGCGGAGGCCGUGGCGGUCCUCGAGGCGGUGGUGGAUUUGGCGGAGGUCGUGGUGGUGGCGGCGGCGGCCGAGGAGGUGGCGGUGGAAGGGACCGAGGAGGUCGGGACGGAGGACGUCCUAAACCUUACUAGGGUUAAGUUUACAUAUAGAAAUAAGUACGAGUGCGCUAAUGUAAUUUUCGUUUCAUUUAUAAUAAUGUACUAAGUAAAUAGCAAGACUGUGGUUAUUAUGUAAUUUAUUUUUGUGAACGUAGUUUAUUCGGUUUGUCGUUGAAGACAAAUUUUACUAAAGUAUAUGAACAUAAUAAAGCUUUUAAAAAUU